AUGGAGAACAUGAUGCAGGGCAAUAAGAUCAGACGAGUUGCAGCUACUCGCAUGAAUGAGAGGUCAUCUCGAUCACACACGAUUUUCCGGAUUAUUCUGGAGUCGAAAGAUGCCAAUCAGAAAGAUGGACCUGUACAUAUAAGCUACCUUAACUUAAUGGACUUAGCUGGUUCUGAGAGAGUUUCUCUGACGAAAGCUGCUGGUGAGCGUCUUAAAGAGGGGGCUAACAUAAACAAAUCUUUGUCAGUAUUAGGAAAUGUGAUAAGGCAACUAAGCGAGGGGAAGGAGUUUAUCAGUUAUCGCGAUUCGAAAUUGACUAGACUGCUCUCACAGGCUCUUGGCGAUGUAUAUGGAUCUGUAGUAAAACCUUUAGUCGAUUCCUUCAUGGAAGGUUUCAAUGCCACAAUAUUUGCAUAUGGCCAAACAUCUUCUGGCAAAACACACACCAUUUUGGGCAAUAAAACAGAUCCUGGGCUUUUCCAAUUAGUAUCCAAUCAGUUAUUCCAGCAUGUGGCAGACCAGGUUGAUAAGAGGUACUUGAUUAGAUGCAGUUAUAUUGAAAUCUACAAUGAAAAGAUCAAUGACCUCCUGGAUAAGAGCAAUCAGGGUUUAACUAUAAGAGAAGAUAUCAAAGGAAAUGUGCUGCUUGAUGCAAGGGAAGCUGUCGUAGACAAUGUUGAUAAAGUUAUGGAGAACAUGAUGCAGGGCAAUAAGAUCAGACGAGUUGCAGCUACUCGCAUGAAUGAGAGGUCAUCUCGAUCACACACGAUUUUCCGGAUUAUUCUGGAGUCGAAAGAUGCCAAUCAGAAAGAUGGACCUGUACAUAUAAGCUACCUUAACUUAAUGGACUUAGCUGGUUCUGAGAGAGUUUCUCUGACGAAAGCUGCUGGUGAGCGUCUUAAAGAGGGGGCUAACAUAAACAAAUCUUUGUCAGUAUUAGGAAAUGUGAUAAGGCAACUAAGCGAGGGGAAGGAGUUUAUCAGUUAUCGCGAUUCGAAAUUGACUAGACUGCUCUCACAGGCUCUUGGCGGUAAUGCCAAAUCAUUGAUUAUCGGGAAUGUUACUUUAGCUGCAGAGGAGGAGACUAGAUCUACACCAGAAUUCGCCCAAAGCACUAAAACUGUCAAAAAUAAAACGAAAGUAAACAUCUUGUCAGCUACAGAAGAGACACUUCAAGGAUAUCAGAACUUGACUCGCGAUCUCGAAACUCGGCUCAAAAAGCAGGCAAUUAAGCUAAAAGAGAUGGAUAAAAGCAAACAAGAGUAUCUGCUCGAGAUAGAAAGACUAAAAACGGAAGUAUCUAUUGUCGGGCGCUUUCAAAUGGGAGCCUCGGCAUCAACACCGAAAAAAACAUUAAGACGUCAUACUUUUGGACACUAUGGCAACGUAUCACCUAAAAAAGCAUCCCUAGGGUAUAUGCCAUUGAAAAAUUAUCCACCCAAAGAAGAAUCAUCCGGACGUGAAAUGAGGCCUAUUCAAGAAGAGACAUAUGAGGAGGCACUAGCCGAAGCAGAAUCUGUGAUAGCUGAAGACGUGCAAGUGUACUUAAAAGACAACUCAAAGAACUGGAAGAAUCUUUCAAUGAGCUUAGAGAAUUCACUAAACUAG